CACGUCCAGUCGAAAACAGUUCAAAGCGAAAACCGUUCAAAACCCUCUCUCUCUCUCUCUCUCUCUCUCUCUCUCUCUCUAAAAUCCAAUGCCAAUAUUGAUACUUUGAUCUUUUCCUUUGUGGGUUUUUUAUUUCAUCCGGUUUCAUCAACUGGGUCUUUUCCAAUUUCCUCCCAUCGAUUGAUUUUUCUGGGGUUUUUUCAUAUUGAAAGCUUCAGAGACAUAUAGUGAUUUGAAAAGAUGAACCAUCUCAAAUACAAACUUGGAGAAUUUAGGACUUUGGUUAAUAACAGAUGGACUCUUGUUCUUGAAAAAUCUCCGCAAGGAUCAUUUUCGCCAGCCGAACUGUUAGUUUCCAAUGUGGGUUCUGCUGGUUUUUCAUCAACGGCGAGGAAUGCAGUUGACACCGGAAGAUUCAAUUCUGUGAAGAAGGUUGUUGCAAUGUCAUGUUAUGAGGGCAAAUCCAGUGCUAAUGUCAUCUGGAUGCAGAAGGAUAUGAGCAGGGCUGAUUGUCGGUUGCGGCAUGAGUACCUUGGACUUGGUUUCCCUACUUUAUUCAGAGGGCAAUCUAGAGAACAUAUAGUUAGUAGGCAGGCCACAAAUCAAUUCAGUAAAUACUAUGGAAAACACCAUAUGCUUCCAUGCCUUGUAAGGGCAAUUGCAUCCAGUUCGGCUUCACAGUCAUCAGGAAAAAAGGGAGAGGAGAAGAGGAAAGAUAUAUCUACAAUUGACGAUCCCUUUGAUGCUCCCACCUACAAUAUUCCAGAGAAACCGGUGUCAUUCACAGAGGGUGCUUCAUACAGUCUUAUAAUACUUGCAGGUCUAGGUAUUGCAGGUGCUGCUGCAUAUGCUGUUUUCAAGGAACUCAUCUUUGAACCAAAAGAGUACAAGAUUUUUGGGAAGGCUCUAGAAAGGGUGCAGAAUGACAGUCAGGUUAGGAUGAGAGUUGGAUCUCCUGUUACUGGCUAUGGCCAGGAAAGCAGAAACCGGGCUGCUCGUCAGCGCAUUCCCCAUAGGACAUGGACUGAUGAAGAUGGUGUUGAGCACGUUGAGGUUAACUUCCAUAUUCGUGGCCCGCAUGGAGCUGGCAAGGUCUACACUGAAAUGUUCAAAGACAAGACCGACAAGCAGUGGAAGUUCACCUAUCUGAUUGUCGAAAUCCAGUCGCCCUCACCUGCGCAGCUGAUGUUGGAGUCUUAUGUGCCAGCAUGAGGCAGGGAUCAGCACAUGAUCAUGAUCAGUGAAAGUUGUGGCAUCCUUCUCGUGAGCCCAAGUCUGCAACAAUAGGGUUUGUAGACAUGGGCCCCUCCCAGUUGAUUUGGUGGGCCAUUCCCAUUGCCCAAUGCCCCUCUAAUCGGGUUUUAAAUUUUGUUAAAUCUUUUGUAUGGUGGAUAUGCGCCAUUGUUGAGCUAAAUUAGGCAUUUUCCAUGGAAGGAACAAUCUCAAUAUGUGCGCAGGAGUAAUCAAUCUGGUCUUAUUUUAGCA